AUGCCGGCCGACUUCUACGAUACUGACCACGCUCAGCGCGAGAGGUCUCGCUCCCCCCGUCGUCGUUCGCGCAGUCCUCGACGCAGCCGCCGCUCCUACUCCCCCCGCUCGCGCUCUCGCUCGCGCGACGACUACCGUCGCUCCGAUCGCCGUUCGCGCUCGCCCAUGAGCACCGCCCCCGGUGUUCCCGGUGCCCAUUCUGCUUCCAGUUACCCCGGCCGCAGCAGCUACCCGCCCCCGCCCCGAUCCUUUGAAGAUCGCGCCGUCGCCAAAGAACAAAUGAUGCAAGCCGUGCGCGAGUCGUCCCAGCAAGACCGUCGCGUCUAUGUGGGCAAUCUCUCCUACGAUGUCAAAUGGCAUCACCUCAAAGAUUUCAUGAGACAGGGUGAGCUCCCCCUCCUCCGACCCUCCAAUCGCUCACUGACCCCACCAGCCGGAGAGGUCAUCUUCGCCGAUGUCUUACUACUUCCCAAUGGAAUGUCGAAGGAUCGGGAGCCCGAACCUCGUUUCACCGGUGGCCCAGGCCGCGGAGACUUUGGCGGCGCCGGUCGCGGUGGCUUCGGCGGUGCCUAUGGCGGCGGCGGUGGUGGUGGUGGAAGACAGCUCUACGUCGCCAAUCUUCCCUUUAAUGUUGGCUGGCAAGAUUUGAAAGAUCUCUUCCGCCAAGCAGCACAGCAAGGCGCCGUCAUCCGUGCCGACGUCCACACCGAUGCCACCGGUCGCCCCAAGGGCUCCGGAAUUGUGGCCUUUGAGUCCCCCGACGACGCACGCAAUGCCAUCCAACAGUUCAAUGGCUACGACUGGCAGGGCCGGACCCUGGAGGUUCGCGAGGACCGCUUUGCCGGCGCCGGCAUGGGCUUUGGUGGCCGCGGCGGCUUCGGCGGCGGCUUCGGUCGCGGUGGCUUUGGUGCCCGUGGUGGCUUCGGCGGUCGCGGCGGCUUUGGCGGCGGUUUCCGGGGUGGCUUUGGUGGUGUGGGCGGUGGCUACGGUGGUGGCCCCGGCUUCGAGGGAAUGGCCUCGGUGCCGCCCAACUCCUUUACCGAUUUCGCCACCUCGGGCGGCGAGAAGAGUCCGAUCAUCUACGUGCGCAACCUGCCCUGGUCCACCUGCAAUGAAGAUCUGGUCGAUCUGUUCUCCACCAUCGGCAAGGUCGAACGCGCGGAGAUCCAGUACGAGCCCAAUGGCCGCUCCCGCGGCACCGGUGUGGUCCAGUUCGACAAUGCGGAGACCGCAGAGACGGCCAUCGCCAAGUUUACCGGCUACCAGUAUGGCGGUCGUCCUCUCGGCAUCACCUUUGUCAAGUAUAUGAACAUGGGCCCCGGUCCCGGCGUCGGCCCUGGUCCUGGCCCGGAGCCCAUGGACGGUGCCGAGCCCACCGGCGGCAUCACCCAGGAUCAGAUCAUGUAA